UAGGGAAGCUCUCCCAACUUAAACACCACUUUGCAGACCCGUCUUUAUCUUCCUGGCUGUCCGCUCUUACACCUUGUUUAUUAAGUCCUCGGCUGAGAAGCCGCCCAUCCCGCAAUGGAUACGCCGAUGAUUCCGAUGCCGAAGGAUUCGGGGGAGAGGGAGAUAUUGGAGCAGCUCACGCUCAUCCGCGACCGGCUUCUGCUGUUAAAGCAAGAUCGGGCAAACUAUAUCCGCAGCCAAGAUGUCUUCGUCCUCUACAAUCAAACGAUCGAGCAAGUCCGGCUCCUCAACGAACUCAGGAAAGGACAAGACAAGACGGAAAACAGAGUUGACAAGGUCCUCGAGGGCUGCUUCCAGCUCCUGUCGCUGUUCUUUAUGACUAUUGGCCGCACCAGCGAGGCACCGGCAGCAUAUGCCCUUACGUCGACCAUCAAGCGACUACUCGAUCAUCUCACCGAGGCGGCCCUAUUCUCGGCCAAGGACCUUGAUAGCAUGUCUAGCACGCUCGAGAAGAUCGAAGCCAUCGUGAGGCACACGGACUCGAAGCACUCACCAUAUCUUGUUGAGCUACUCUCGAAUCGAAUCCAGCUCUGCGAGGAGUCUAUCGCGAACCUACAGGGGAAGCUGGAUAGCUUGGGCGAUCCUCUGCCAGCCGUCCACGAGAAGAUGAUAUCUAUACUGCGGUCAACCUCUCUGGCGAACACUAAAGCAAAGUUUUCCACAAGCGAGGUAGAGAAGUACCGAGAUCAAUUAAAGGAGAUCGACGAUUCGAGGGUGGAGGGUAAGUUUCUCGGGCCGGAUGGCAAUGCUGCAAGAGGGAGCGAUGAGGUAUCGGAGCUCCUGCAGCGGUGUUUGCGCUGGUCUGAGAUAGUGCUCGAGAGGAAAGGGGAAAUACCCGAACCUUUCCAGCCAAUCUACAAAGUCCUGAUUGGGAUUCGGAAUGAGCUCGACAAGCUGUCCAUCACCCCGGCAUGGUCGCUUCGAGAGGCCGACCUAUACGAUUUCCAACGCCAACUGGACAGGAUCGACGAAAGCAGGGUUGACGGAAAUUGGCUUGAUGACGAGGGCAGGCCGGCAGAGCUUUAUGUGCAACGGACUCUCCUGUACCUGACCAGGAGAAGCUAUGGAUACAUCUACCACCUCAUGAUAUCUUCCGAACCUGUCUCGGAGGCCCUGCUCCCGAUCUACAAUCAACUACAGACACUCAAGCGAUGUCUACUCGAGGUCAAAAAACAAGGCGGCGUUAGCUCGGCGAGGGACUUGUAUCCGUACAGUAUGAAGCUGAACUCCAUCGAUAAUAUGCGGAUGGAUGGGAAGUUCAUGGUUGGAAACGACAUCCCGGAAGGCCAGGGUAGUGUUAGUGAACUCUUGGCCGAAUGCUUUGAACUUAAUUACGAGCUGAGGGUUGCUGUGGAGGAACAAGGACCCAAUGAGUCCUGAAGAAUCCCGGAUAACCAGGGGCUUCUGGUACAGAGAAGCCGUUCGCCAAGAGGUCCGGCGUCUCGCGAUACAUGUACGAUCUAGGUUGGAUGGGGGUUCAGGCUUGUGUUUAUAUCAGCAUGCUUUCGGACUGCUUGGGUGAGUGUGCUUUGGAGUCUAUUAUCUACGGUGAAACAGAGCAAAAUCUUGCAAUCUAGAGGGGUUAUUUUACUAAGACCCCUAAUAUCGCUGAGAUUUGAUAUCAAUCACCUUGCCCCAUUACGGAUUCCUGAAUGCGCACUUGAACGGCCACAUCUGAGCCUAGACCGACCAACCUGUUAGUCGACGCUCUUCCAAGCUGUCGUUGCUCAUAACUUACAUUCUCAAUAUC